AUGGACGAAAAUGUUCAACGCGAGCUCACCAUCAAGGAGGAAUACCAAUUGUGGAGAAAGAACUGUCGGUAUAUGUAUGAGUUUGUUUCGGAAACAGCUUUGACCUGGCCUUCUUUAACCAUUCAAUGGUUACCUCAGCAUACCGAAGAAGACGGAGUGAUUCAGUCCAAGUUGCUCUUGGGUACACACACUUCUGGCGAAGAUACCAACUAUUUGAAAGUUGCUUCUACCGAACUUCCCUCUUCCCAGCCAACAGAAAGUGCCAAAAAGGCUACUUCCAGGAUCAAAAUUAGUAAGAAGUUAACCAACGACUACGAAAUCAACCGUGCUCGUUAUAUGCCGCAAGAUCCCGAUACGGUAGCCACCAUAAACGGUGAAGGCAACAUUGAUAUCUACGGCUUAAAAAGUGAAGAAAAGAACUCCCUUCUUCACAUCACACCUCACGACCGCAAUGGGUAUGGUCUAUCUUGGAACAGCCACAGAAAGGGUUAUUUGUUGUCGUCUUCAGACGAUAAGUCAAUUGUUUUGACUGAUAUCAAUCGUGAAGCACUUACUUCUAAUCAGAUAUUCAAGAACAAUUCUCACUCUGACAUAGUCAACGACGUAAAAUGGCACACCCUUGACGAAAACAUGUUUGCUUCAGUUUCAGACGACAAACAUGCCUACAUUUUCGAUUUGAGAACGCCCAAUAGGCCGGUAUCGUUGUUCUACAACGAAGUAUCUGACGGAAUCAACUCUGUAGCCUUCUCCCCCUUCUCCAAGUACUUGUUAGCCGUGGGUAACACUAACUCCAACAUUAAUGUAUUGGACUUGCGAAAGUUUAGUAACAACGUCAAAAGUAAAGACGGCCUACUUCAUACCAUGAUGGGCCAUUCAGACUCGAUUACUUCGUUGGAAUUUUCUCCACACAGGGACGGAAUAAUAGCGUCUGGAGCCCAGGAUCGCCGGUUGAUAGUCUGGGACUUAUUCAAGAUUGGGGAAGAACAGCAACAAGAGGACGCCGAAGAUGGAUGCCCAGAAUUAUUUAUGAUGCAUGCUGGACAUACUGGUUCAGUGACAGACUUGAGUUGGUGUCCAUACAAAGACUGGACCAUUGGGUCUGUAGCUGAUGACAACAUUGUCCAUCUUUGGGAAGUGGGCAAGAGUUUGCUUGAAGACGGCGUUGGCGAGAUCAAGGAAACUGAUCUUGAGUAG